AUGGCAAUGGAUGCUUUUAGAGUUAGUCUAUCCAGUGCUGUUAGCUCAUCAAGCCAAGGAUCUGGACAUGAUGAUGGUGAUGCCUUGGGGGAUGUUUUCAUGUGGGGAGAAGGCACAGGAGAUGGUGUUGUGGGUGGUGGUUCUCAUAGAGUUGGAAGUAGUAAUGGUGCAAAAAUGGAUUCUUUGUUGCCCAAAGCCUUGGAAUCUGCAGUUGUACUUGAUGUCCAAAACAUUGCCUGUGGUGGACGACAUGCUGCUUUAGUGACUAAGCAAGGGGAGAUUUUCUCUUGGGGAGAGGAAUCUGGAGGCAGGCUUGGGCAUGGUGUUGAUGUUGACGUUUUGCAUCCAAAGCUCAUUGAUGCACUUAGUAAUAUGAACAUUGAUCUUGUUGCUUGUGGUGAGUACCAUACUUGUGCUGUUACCCUUUCUGGUGAUCUGUACACAUGGGGUGAUGGAACUUACAAUUUUGGUCUACUUGGACAUGGAAAUGAAGUGAGUCACUGGGUGCCCAAAAAGGUGAAUGGACCCUUGGAGGGUAUACAUGUCUCAUCAAUAUCUUGUGGACCCUGGCACACAGCUGUUGUAACCUCGGCUGGGCAAUUGUUUACUUUUGGUGAUGGUACUUUUGGUGUUCUAGGCCAUGGAGAUCGAAAAAGUGUUUCAAUUCCCCGGGAAGUGGAAAACUUAAAGGGCCUUCGCACUGUGCGAGCAGCUUGUGGUGUUUGGCAUACUGCUGCCGUUGUAGAAGUCAUGGUUGGGAAUUCAAGUUCCAGUAACUGUUCUUUAGGAAAGUUGUUCACUUGGGGAGAUGGUGAUAAGGGUAGGCUUGGGCAUGGUGACAAGGAAGCAAAACUUGUGCCUACCUGUGUUGCUGCUCUUGUAGAACCCAACUUUUGUCGAGUUGCUUGUGGACAUAGUAUGACCGUUGCACUUACAACGUCUGGCCAUGUCUACACAAUGGGCAGUCCUGUUUAUGGUCAGUUAGGAAAUCCUCAAGCUGAUGGAAAGCUCCCCACUCGAGUUGAGGGAAAGCUCUCGAAGAGUCGUGUGGAUGAGAUUGCUUGUGGUGCCUAUCAUGUUGCAGUUUUAACUUCAAGAACUGAAGUUUAUACUUGGGGAAAAGGAGCAAAUGGUCGUUUAGGUCAUGGGAAUAUAGAUGAUCGGAGUUCCCCAACGUUGGUUGAAGCUCUGAAAGAUAAACAAGUCAAAAGUAUUGCUUGUGGUGCUAAUUUUACUGCAGCUAUCUGCCUGCAUAAAUGGGUUUCAGGAGUUGAUCAGUCAAUGUGUUCGGGUUGCCGCCUUCCAUUUAACUUUAAAAGAAAGCGCCAUAAUUGUUAUAACUGUGGGCUUGUGUUUUGUCAUUCAUGCAGCAGUAAGAAGUCACUUAAGGCUUCUAUGGCACCAAACCCCAACAAACCUUAUCGUGUCUGUGAUAACUGCUUUAAUAAACUGAGAAAAGCUGCUGAAACUGAUACUUCAUCACAAAAUUCUAUGAGCAGAAGAGGAAGUAUCAAUCAGGGGUCAAAUGAGCUUAUUGAUAAAGAUGAUAAAUUGGACUCCAGAUCUCGUGUGCAACUUGCCAGAUUUUCUUCGAUGGAAUCUCAGAAGCAUGUGGAAACCCGUUCUUCAAAGAAAAAUAAGAAACUAGAAUUUAACAGCAGUCGAGUCUCACCUGUUCCAAAUGGAGGUUCACAGUGGGGAGCUCUCAAUAUUUCUAAAUCUUUUAAUCCAGUAUUUGGGUCAUCGAAGAAGUUUUUCUCAGCUUCUGUCCCUGGAUCAAGGAUUGUUUCUCGAGCUACAUCCCCAAUUUCAAGGCGCCCCAGCCCACCUCGUUCUACAACACCAACUCCAACUCUGGGUGGACUUACAUCACCAAAGAUUGUUGUAGAUGAUGCUAAAAGGACAAAUGAAAGCCUUAGCCAGGAGGUUAUCAAACUGAGAUCACAGGUUGAAAGUCUUACUCGAAAGGCCCAACUACAAGAGGUUGAGCUGGAAAGAACAACUAAGCAGCUGAAGGAAGCAAUAGCAAUUGCAGGUGCAGAGACUGCAAAAUGCAAAGCAGCAAAGGAAGUGAUCCAGUCACUUACUGCCCAAUUGAAGGACAUGGCUGAAAGGCUGCCUGUUGGAGCAGCGCGGAAUAUUAAAUCACCUUCUCUUGCUUCUUCCUUGGGUUCUGAUCCUUCCAAUGAAGUUUCUUGUGCUUCGACUGACCGAUUGAAUGGUCAAGUAACAUGCCAAGAACCAGACUCCAAUGGAUCAAAUAGCCAGUUGCUUUCUAAUGGGUCCAGCAUCACUGGUACCCGCAGUUCAGGUCACAACAAACAAGUCCAUCCUGAUGUAGCAACUAGAAACGGGAAUAGAAUUAAAGAAAACGAAUCUCGUCAUGAAUCUGAAUGGGUUGAGCAAGAUGAGCCUGGUGUAUAUAUUACACUGACUUCCCUACCAGGAGGUGCAAAGGAUCUCAAGCGAGUCCGCUUCAGUCGGAAGCGAUUUAGUGAGAAACAAGCAGAAGAUUGGUGGGCAGAGAACCGGGCAAGAGUGCAUGAACAAUACAAUGUGCGCAUGGUAGACAAGUCUAGUGUAGGCGUCGGGAGUGAGGACUUGGCUCGCUGA